AUGAAAAAUAUAUUAACCAUAGAAUAUAUAAUAAUAAUAUUAGUAACAAUUUUAAUAAGUUGUAAUGUUACUCAAUCAAUAGAGGAUAUAUUAUUUGACCCAGAUUUUAAAUUAAACAUUUCACAAUUGAUUGCAAAACAAGGAUAUCCUGUUGAAAAUCAUUUCGUAACUACAAAAGAUGGUUAUAUUAUAUCACUUCAACGUAUACCAAAUGGUAUAAAUAAAAAUAAAGGAAUAUUUAAUAAUAAUAAUAAUAAUAAUAAUACAAAGAUAAAACCAACAGUUUUAUUACAACAUGGUUUAGAAGAUAUUGGUACAACUUGGGUUUUCCAAGAGAAUAGGUAUCAAAGUUUAGGAUUUAUUUUAGCAGAUGAAGGAUAUGACGUUUGGAUUGGUAAUGUUAGAGGUACUAUAUAUAGUAAUAAACAUUUGGAAUAUACAGUAAAUGAUGAUGAAUAUUGGGAUUUUACAUUUAAUGAAAUGGGUGAAUUCGAUUUACCUUCAAUGGUUGAUUAUAUUAUAAAUGUAACUGGUAAUAGUAAAGUGAAUUAUAUUGGUCAUAGCCAAGGCACAACAAUGGGAUUCAUUGGAUUUAAAGAUGGUAGUGAAUUAACGAAAAAGAUAAACACAUUUUUUGCAUUGGCACCAGUUGCAAGAGUUACACAUUGUCAAAGUCCAUUAUUUAAUUUUUUAGGUAAUUUAAGAUUUGGAUUGAUUUUAAAAUUUUUUGGAGUAAAAUCAUUUUUAAUGGAUUCACCGAUUUUAAGAGGAUUUUUAGCACCAACAUUAUGUAGUAUUACACCAAUUGCAUGUACAACAUCCUUAGGUUUCAUUACUGGGUGGGGUGAAAAUUCAAAUUUAAAUGAAACUAGAUUACCAGUAAUUUUAUCACAAUCACCAGGUGGAACAUCAACAAAAAAUAUUAUCCAUUGGAGUCAAAAUUUAAAUAAUGAAUUUCAAAAAUUUGAUUAUGGUUCAUCAUAUGAAAAUUUCAUUCAUUAUUCUCAAUCAACACCACCCAAAUAUAAUAUUACAAAUUUUUCAAAAAAAAUACCAACAAUAAUUUUCACUGGUGGUAAAGAUUUAAUUUCAACAAAAGAAGAUUACAAUUGGUUACUUCCACAAUUAAAAAAUUUAAUUUAUUAUAAACAUAUUGAUUCAUAUAGUCAUCUUGAUUUCGUUUGGGGUAAUGAUGCUUAUAAACAAGUUUAUUCUGAUAUUUUAAAAUAUUUAUUAAAAUAUAAUUAA